UAAAAACCUAGCUCCUGAGUUUUCCUCAAGUUCCAUUUUUUGAGAUUUUCCACACAUCUCUGUGCGUUAGUUCCCAGUUGUGUCUAUUUAACCCGCGUUACCACUGUUUUACUGUGCGCGUCUUCUCGACUGCAGCAGCCCACCGGUUUCGACACUCUUGUUGCAUCUUUUUGCUGGCGCAGAAUGCCUCUACCUUCCUCUACAAUCGAGCGCCGCACCGGUCACACCAGCGAACUACUUUUUAAGUGAUGACAAUUUCAGCAAUUGUGUCCUCGCGCUGCGUCAUUUGCAGGUCUUGAAUUCCACCUGCAAUAUUCCACCUGCAAUACGUUGUGCUGAAUCGCCUGCCUAUUUAACUUGCACUAAUGCUGCUUCACUGCCCCUAAUCAUUGCAGAUUUUGUCUCAAUAUUUGAAAUAAGUUGAUAAAUAAUUUAGAAGUCGUACCGGCGUGUUUUCAUUUCUAAAAAGAAAAAAUUGGAUCCAGAAAAAUCUAUCAAACUUGCCAACAGAGCCAAGCUGCAUCGAUUUCAUGAAUUGUUCUGUAUUUAGGACAAAAUAGUUGGAUGUAGGGUCGAUUUUGUAGCCUAUUCUUAUAUAACGUCGAGAACCUGGAGAUGUUGCUAUUUUGACAAGUAUAACAAUCAAUCAAGAAGAGGAGAAAACCUCUUGGUUGAAUAUUUGUGAUUUCCGAAUCAUCUUUGGAUUUUCCUGCUGGAUAAAUUGAGGCAAAGUCUCAUCUCAGCAAUCACCUGAACUUGCCUCGAACACCAAUGAUAGUUUGAGUUGAGGCCUCGAAGAACUUAGCUGUGCUGGUAAACAAUGGAGGCAUCCACCAAUGGGUCCAGCUUUGGGAUCGACUCUUUACUUUCCCACAGACCUGGAAGUCCGGUCAUGUCGAAAGGGGACAGUUUGGUGGGAGAGUGCCGGUCACCGCUGGAGUUCAGCCCGAGGUCUGACCUAGAGAGCGGCUGCUCGUCUCCCCCGUCGCCGAGGAGGGAGUGUGUGGAUGAGGCAUUGCAGAGGCAAGGUCAUGCUAUCGGGUUGCCGCCCCAUCUCCAACACGGACAGAUCUCCGCCGGGUCACAGCCGCGGACCGUCACCUCAUCCUUUCUGAUCAGAGAUAUUCUAGCUGACUGCAAACCGCUAGCCGCCUGCGCCCCAUACUCCAGUAAUGGCCAGCCAACUCAAGAAACGGGGCGACUUGCCUCCAAGCUCGCAGACGACUUCAUGGACAAAAUCCAUAGCAACUCAUCGUCAGACAGCGAAUACAAAGUGAAAGAGGAAGGAGACCGAGAGAUCUCGAGUAGUAGGGACAGUCCGCAUCACGUUCGGAUGAAGAAACCCAGGAAGGCGCGAACAGCCUUCACUGACCACCAGCUGGCCCAGCUCGAACGAAGCUUCGAACGGCAGAAGUACCUGAGCGUGCAAGACCGAAUGGAGCUGGCCGCUUCCCUCAACCUCACAGACACACAGGUCAAAACCUGGUACCAGAACAGGAGAACAAAGUGGAAGAGGCAGACGGCGGUUGGACUGGAACUGUUAGCGGAGGCUGGAAAUUACUCAGCCCUUCAGAGAAUGUUUCCUUCACCCUAUUUCUACCCUCAAAGCCUGAUGUCCAACCUGGACCCCGGAGCGGCGCUCUACCUGUACAGAGGCCCCUCAGCGCCCCCUCCGGCUCUGCAACGACCUCUCGUUCCGCGGAUUCUUCUGCAUGGUCUGCAGGGUGGUAGUGAACCACCCCCUCUCCCCCCUCUCUCCGGUGUGCUUCCCCGGCCAACACAGCAGCGGUGAGCCGGUCGCUCCGGAUAUAUGCCAUACCUGGCAGACUAGGACUCUAUGUGAUAGA